UUCAUCCAUUGCAAUACUUGGCCUGACGUUCUGGAGUUGCAAAGCUCCAGUCGGCUGGCCGAAACGCGGAGCCGCCUCGGGGGACGGCGGGGAAGAAGACCCGGGGAGCCCGAGUCCCACGACCAUCGGCCUCCGGGUCCCGCCCCGAGCCUCUGAGCCACGCCUCCACCCUCUAGACCCCACCUUCUGUCCCGGCCUCCAGGCCCCGCCUCCGCGCCCAGGAUGCACCUGGAUGAAAACAAAAUCCCACGUGACUGGCCCUGCGCUCAGACCAUCAUGGCGUCUCCCAGUGGGAAGGGAUCCUGGACGCCCGAGGCUCCUGGCUUUGGGCCGCGCGCGCUAGCUCGAGACCUGGUGGACUCGGUGGACGACGCAGAGGGGCUGUACGUGGCGGUCGAGCGGUGUCCUCUGUGCAACACCACUCGCCGGCGGCUGACUUGUGCCAAGUGCAUCCAGAGCGGUGAUUUCGUCUAUUUCGACGGCCGCGACAAGGAGAGGUUUAUUGACAAGAGGGAAAGGCUGAACCAGCUUAAGAGCAAGCAAGAGGAGUUUCAAAAGGAAGUACUAAAAGCUAUGGAAGGAAAACAGCUAACAGAUCAGUUGAGAUGGAAAAUAAUGUCAUGCAAGAUGAGGAUUGAGCAGCUGAAACAAACAAUAUGUAAAGGAAAUGAAGAAAUGAAGAAAAAUUCUGAAGGCCUUCUCAAAAACAAGGAGAAGAACCAGAAGCUUUACAGCCGAGCCCAGCGGCACCAAGAGAAAAAGGAGAAGAUUCAGCGGCACAACCGCAAGCUUGGGGACCUGGUGGAGAAGAAAACCAUUGACUUGAAGAGUCACCAUGAGCGGCUGGCGCGUUUGCGAAGGUCCCACAUCCUAGAGCUCACCUCCGUCAUCUUCCCAAUGGACGAAGUGAAGACUUCUGUGAGAGAUCCCGCAGACGUGUCUUCGGAGAGUGACAGCGCCAUGACAUCCAGCAUGGUGAGCAAGCUUGCUGAGGCCCGGAGGACAACCUACCUCUCUGGAAGAUGGGUCUGUGAUGACCACAACGGUGACACCAGCAUCAGCAUUACAGGCCCUUGGAUUAGCCUCCCGAACAACGGGGACUACUCUGCCUACUACAAUUGGGUAGAAGAGAAGAAAACCACCCAAGGGCCUGACAUGGAGCACAACAACCCUGCCUACACUAUCAGUGCCGCGCUGUGCUACGCCACUCAGCUCGUCAACAUUGUGUCUCACAUACUUGAUAUCAAUCUUCCCAAGAAGCUGUGCAACAGUGAGUUCUGUGGAGAAAACCUCAGCAAACAGAAACUGACGCGCGCGGUGAGGAAACUGAACACAAACAUCCUUUACCUUUGUUCCUCGCAGCAUGUGAAUUUAGAUCAGUUACAACCACUGCAUACACUCAGAAACCUAAUGCAACUGGUCAGCCCACACUCGGAGCACCUUGGCAGGUCAGGACCCUUUGAAGUGCGAGCAGACCUUGAGGAGUCCAUGGAAUUUGUGGACCCUGGAGUUGCUGGAGAAUCAGACGUGAGUGGAGACGAGCCUGUAAGCGAUGAGGAGACUGACCUGGGCACGGACUGGGAGAACCUGCCGAGCCCCCGAUUCUGUGACAUCCCUUCCCAGCCAGUGGAAGUUUCCCAGAGCCAGAGUACCCAGGCCUCCCCACCCAUUGCCAGCAGCAGUGCGGGUGGGAUGAUCUCGUCCGCUGCAGCCUCGGUGACCUCCUGGUUCAAAGCUUAUACUGGACACCGCUAAUGAGUGUCAGCCAGAACACGCGAGAUCUUUCCACUGCACCCUAAUAACCUUGUGUGUGUAGUUACCAGAGGGCUAACCUAGUGUGAGGACAAGCACAUGUGCCUCUCAGGUGGCCUGUGAUGGGGACCAUGCUCAGGGCCUCCUUGGCCCCCGGUCCUAGAUCUUAGACCCCACAGCGUGCUGCUGUCUGGGAUGCCUAGUGUCUUCCUGACGUAAGUUCUAGACUUUGUCAGGUCACAAGGAAGUGUUUCUUGGUAGUGAGGGAUGAGAGACAAAAGCUGAGUUUUUUUCUGUCAUCUUUUGAGAGACUGCCAGCCGCAGCUUUGGUCUUCCGGGGGAGGCUGGCAUCUGGGCGGUGGUGGGCACCUGGAGGGCAGGUGGUGGGCACGUGGAGGGCAGGUGGGGAUUCUGCUCUCGCUGUCGUCAUGCAUCACAUUCCUGAUUCUCUGCCACACACCAAAGAAACUACGGUCUUUCUUCCACGAGUGGGGAGUCCUAGCUGCAACGUUUAGAGAUGUUGGGACAGUUUUCUUGUGCUCUUGUUUAAGUCAUUGGCGAUGUCUGUGCUACACGCAUUUGAAGUGGACUUUUCACUACCAUCCCUGUAUGAGCUAAACGCUGCCUGGGCAGCUUGAACACUUGAUUAAGUGCUCGUUCUCUUGCUGCAGUUUCUUGGAGGGGGACUAAGCAGUAGCAGGUGUUCCGGGGAACCCCCUGCUUGUCCUUGAGGUCUCCAUGGCUCCAGAGGCCGCACAUUGCAGAGCACUGUGCGGCUGUCCCAGGAAGUGCGCGAGGAAUUUCCUCCAAGAGACCAUUUUAAUGACAAUCUUACAGAAAAUUAUAACGAGAGGCAUUAUAGUAAAACUUGGAAGUAGUUCUUUUUUAUUUUUAAUAACUUCAAAAAAGAGAGAAGUCCUAUGUAACAGACCACAGAAAUCUUUUGGAAACUACCCCUCUCCCGCGGCAGUGCCAUACCUUCCCGGCUGAACUGGUGUGGUGGCACCUCAGGCAAGUGCUUCAGCAGUUUGCCGCGCCCUGGCUUCUGUUCACGUCGUUAUGGUUGUUACUUUACAGACUGAGGUGCUAGCGAGCAUUUGCUGUUGUAGACCUGUAGGAAGGAAGGAGCCCGUGGUCCCGCUCUAGAUACUCCACCCGAGGAGGAGACCCCUUCCCUCCUGCAGGCACCAUUGACCGACGUCUGUUCCAUGUCAGCUCCAUCACUGUUGGAUUUGCAUCUUGCCGUCUCCUUCUAGACUCUGUAGGCUGAGUCUGGUGGGAUGAGCAGACACCAACUGGGAAAGGACCCAUGAGCUUGAGCCGCACAGAGAGUGCAGGCGUCACAGACUCGUGCCCACGGCAGUUAGAACGGAUGCGGGAGUGAGGCCUGAUGGGUAUUUGGUCUUAGUGUAAAGUAGAGGCACUUCUGUCACUUUAUGUCACAGUCGAUGACCGCCUAGGCUGCUGAAAUAAUCGAGGUUCGUUAUUUUGCACUGGAUCCACCUGUUGUAAAUAUUCUUAAAUACACAUUUCAACCACUGUUUCCCCCGUACUCUUUGCUGCUCAUUAAAACCUUUCAUGUAGGUGCCAGGACCAUCUGUAAACAGCUUUCAGAAACAAUGAAGCUGGUAUUUUUGUAAACCAAAAGCCAUAGAAGUUGGCCAUCUUUUCCAUUUUAAAAUGAUUUAUUGAAACAAGGUAAUACUGAUAGAAACUCAGAGGCACCACAUAGGCUGCUUUAAAUGGUCUUAUAAAAGGCAUUUUUAUGUAAGUGAAUAGAACCAAGAGUAACUUAAUGGAGAGACAGUCAGUCCCCAUGGUAUGGUGGACGCCGUGGGUGAGGAGUCGGCGUGCUUUGGGGAAGGGUUGCAGUGUCGGAGCCCCCUCGCUGCACCUGAGACUUCCGCGUCAGGGUGAGUCACACAGACGUUUUCUAAGCUUUUAUUGUAUUACUGCAAUAAAUCCUUUAACAGUAAA